AUGAGCUCAACAGACCAUAACACUUUCCUCGAACUUCUCCCAACCGAAAUCCUGUACGAUAUCCGCGACCUGCUCCAAAUCCCAGAUCUCAAACAACUCUCAUGCGUCAGUAAAAAGCUCAGACAAAUAUGCCUACCUCUUCUCUUCCACGAGGUUGAAUUUCGAUUCUCAAAACCUGGAUUCGAUGAACUCCGCAGCUUCAUCGAGUCCGAAGUUCGUCACUAUACCGUCUCCUUCAUCUAUGUGGCUCCGCAAUUGUUAAGACCGGAAAUCUUGGAUUUCGAAUGUUAUUCGUCGAAUCUAUUCACGUUUCAAACUCAUCGAUAUGUCGAAGAGGCGAAAGAAUUGUAUGAUUUGAAAUAUCAUGAUGGCGAAUGUCCUUCUUAUAUGGUCAUAUAUGACCGUCUACAGAAGAUCUGUGAAGAGCAACGCGGGAUCAUCAACACCGAUACAGACCUAGCCGUCUUAUCCUCUGCUUUACAGAAGCUUCCGAAACUAGCAGAACUGAGAGUGGACUUCUGUCGGCCCGUGGAAAAGGGAGAUUGGCUACAGUCGUAUCUGGAUUUGGACAUGACACUGGGAGAAAAGAGUUACGAACAUCACCUCAAUGUCGUAUCGAAGGCUGUCUGGAUCGCUAAUGGGAGCGGUGUCCCUCUACGCACAGUCUGCUUAUCGCAAUUGCAGCUGCCAUAUCACGACGGACGGAAAGAAGAACAAUAUCCCGGUCCUUUUUUGGAGACAUUGAGAGAGUUACUGGACCGUAUUGAGAACUUGCGCUUGGAUCGAUGUAAUUUUCUUUUGGGGUUUUCUCGAGCUGGACUGGAUCUACGUCGUAUCGAUAUGAAUUGUCCGACAGAUGAGAAUGUUUCUCUAUCCUACGGUGGUCGGCAAGUCAACGUGAAUUUGAUUCAAGGGAAAACGCUAGAUUGA